GCAGCGUCGGGUGGACAUACACAAGUCUAAAAAGUCUUAAGAAGUCAAAGAGACCGCACAGCAAAGAUGCCGGUCCGGAGGGGCCACGUGGCCCCACAGAAACCCUUCCUGGACACCAUCAUCAGGAAUUCGACAGUCAAAGCCGCAAGUUCAUCAUCGCCAAUGCACGGGUGGAGAACUGCGCCAUUAUCUUCUGCAAUGACGGCUUCUGCCACAUGUGCGGCUACUCACGUGCCGAGAUCAUGCAGAAGCCGUGCACGUGUAACUUCCUGUACGGACCCCACACCAAGCGGCUGGCCAUCGCCCAGAUGGCGCAGGCCCUGCUGGGGUCAGAGGAGAGGAAAGUGGAGAUCAACCUUUACCGCAAAGACGGUCAGUGCUUUCUGUGUCUGGUGGAUGUGGUGCCAGUGAAGAACGAAGAUGGCGUGGUGAUCAUGUUCAUCCUCAACUUCGAGGUCAUGACAGAGGACAGACUGCGGGACCCCAACCAGGAGCUCAACCACCGCCUGCCCACCUGGCUCGUCACCGGUCGUCCACGAGGCUUCAAGCUGCGCUUUCCCCUGUUGCGCUCCUUGUCCAACAGCAAGGCUUCUCUGGACGACGCUGAAGUGGGUCGCAUCCCCACUGCCACACCCCUGCCACUGCACCAGGAGCAGCCCCACCACGAGUCUCUGGCCCUGGGAGAGUUCCUGCCCCUUCCUUCCUUACAACCAGAUAACCAGGGGCAAGUCAGUGGAAGCAGGUCAGCUCUACAGAGUUGGCCAGAAGACCGUUGGGAGGACCAGCGUACCCUACUGGGCUCUGAGCCUCCCGCUCCGCCUCCUCCACCUCCCCCGCACAGAGUUCCACUGACAGGCUCCCUCACCCAGUCGUCGCCCUGCGUGGUACCCCACCGCCUCAGCCUCAACCCAGACGCCACGGCCUCCAACUGCUCCCUGACACACAGCCGCUCGCGGGAGAGUUUCCACAGUAUGCGUCGCGCCUCCUCAGUAGACGAGAUCGAGGCCAUGAGGCCCGACUGGGACCGGAAGAACCGGAGAGGGAGCAUCCGGCCGGCCAGCAGCAGCACUGGCGCCGUGAACAACAAGUCCAACAUACUCAACUCCACGUCGGACUCGGACCUCAUGCGCUACCGCACCAUCUCCAAGAUCCCUCAGAUCACCCUCAACUUUGUGGACUUCAAACCCGACCCGCUCAUCGCCCUGCCCGCCGGGGAGAUGGACAUCAUCGCUCCCUGCAAACUCAUCGACCGCACGCACAACGUCACAGAGAAAGUCACGCAGGUGCUGUCUCUGGGUGCCGAUGUGUUGCCAGAGUACAAGCUCCAGGCCCCUCGCAUCCACAAGUGGACGGUGUUGCACUACAGCCCCUUCAAAGCCGUGUGGGACUGGCUCAUCCUGCUGCUGGUCAUCUACACCGCCAUCCUGACGCCCUACUCCGCUGCCUUCCUCCUCAACGACCAGGAAGAGGUAGCCAUGCAGAGCUGUGGUUAUUCCUGCUCUCCUCUCAACGUGGUGGACCUCAUAGUGGACAUCAUGUUCAUCAUCGACAUCCUCAUCAACUUCAGGACCACAUAUGUGAAUGCUAACGACGAGGUGGUGAGCCACCCUCUGCGGAUCGCUGUCCACUACUUCAAAGGCUGGUUCCUCAUCGACAUGGUGGCUGCCAUUCCCUUCGACCUGCUCAUCUACCGCAAUGGAGAGGAGACCACUACCCUGAUUGGUCUACUGAAGACGGCCCGUCUCUUGCGAUUGGUCCGUGUGGCCCGGAAGUUGGAUCGCUACUCGGAGUACGGCGCGGCUGUCCUCUUCCUCCUCAUGUGCACCUUCGCCCUCAUCGCUCACUGGCUGGCCUGCAUCUGGUAUGCCAUCGGCAGUGUAGAGAGGAACGGCUCUAUUGGUUGGCUCCAUUCACUGGGAGAUCAACUGGGGAAACACUACAACGACUCCAUCCCAGGUUCGGGACCCUCCAUCAAAGACAAGUACGUCACAGCUCUAUACUUCACCUUCAGCAGUCUGACCAGUGUGGGAUUUGGAAAUGUUUCCCCCAACACUAACUCUGAGAAGAUCUUCAGCAUCUGUGUCAUGCUCAUAGGAUCCCUGAUGUACGCAAGUAUCUUUGGGAAUGUGUCGGCCAUCAUCCAGCGGUUAUACUCGGGGACGGCCCGCUACCACACCCAGAUGCUGAGAGUCAGGGAGUUCAUUCGUUUCCACCAGAUCCCCAACCCGCUCAGGCAGAGGCUGGAGGAGUACUUUCAGCACGCCUGGUCCUACACCAACGGCAUAGACAUGAACGCUGUGCUGAAAGGUUUCCCGGAGUGUCUGCAGGCAGAUAUCUGCCUCCAUCUGAACAGGACUUUGCUGCAGAACUGUAAGGCUUUUAAAGGCUCCACCAAGGGCUGCCUCAGGGCCUUGGCCAUGAAGUUCAAGACCACCCACGCCCCCCCAGGCGACACGUUGGUUCACGCCGGGGACGUCCUCACUGCCCUCUACUUCAUAUCCAGGGGAUCCAUCGAGAUACUCAGAGGAGACGUGGUGGUCGCCAUCUUGGGGAAGAAUGACAUCUUCGGCGAGCCCAUCAACCUGUACGCCCGACCGGGUAAGUCCAAUGCUGACGUGAGGGCUCUGACCUACUGCGACCUCCACAAGAUCCUCAGAGAGGACGUUCUGGAAGUGCUGGACAUGUACCCCGAGUUCUCCGACCACUUCUGGAGCAACCUGGAAAUCACCUUCAACCUCCGAGAUACCAACAUGAUUCCAGGUUCUCCGAGCAGUGACGACUCAGACUGUGGGGGAUUCAACAAAUUACGGAGACGCAAGUUGUCAUUCCGACGGCGUACGGAAAAAGAUGAUGCAAACGCUGGAGAAAUAAAAAAGUCCCAUAAGCCUGUCCGAAGAAGAAGGAAGGAAGCAGCCAGCAACCAAAAACAAGAUGAGGGUCUAAAGCCAGACUGGGAGGCACAUCACAGCUCUGUGUCCUCCCACUCCAGCGGUGAUGAGGGGGAGGAGUCAGUGGUGACAUGCCCUGCCCCUUCGUCUGCUGCACUGGACACCCUGCAGCCCCAGGCCACACCCCUAAACUUCAACGAAAACAAUGAAGGAGAUGGAGACCCCAAGACUGGGAACACCUGCAACGCACUGUCAGGUGCAUUCUCGGGCGUAUCCAACAUCUUUAGUUUCUGGGGGGAAAGUCGGGGGGGCGGUCAAUACCAGGAGCUUCCCCGCUGCAGCCUGGCCUCCCCCCAGCCCCUCAACACGCCACUGCACAGCCUGAGCCGCCAGCAACGCAGCCAGCUGGACACGCGCCUGGAUCUGCUGCAGAAACAGCUCAACAGGUUGGAGAGUCGUAUGUCCACAGACAUUGGAGCAAUCAUGCAGCUGCUACAGAGACAGAUGGCUCUGGUUCCUCCUGCCUACAGCACCGUCUCAUCACCACCUCAGGCCUCACCGUACCCUGGUCCCGGCCCAGGACCAGGUCCUGGAGAGAGACUGGUUCAGCCUGUUACACCUCUCGAGACAGACACACUGGCCUCCCUAUCACAGAUCUUGGACUCCCAGGACUUUGAGGAGUUCCCAGCCAAGCCACUUGAGUCUCUGCAGCCCCAGGACACGUCUCUGAUAAGCCCCAGCCAAGGGCCGCUCGCCCCCUCUGGACUUGACAGCCUGGGGCAACAUCUGGAGUUGGAGCUGGGCUUGGGAACGGGAGCUGGGGUCAUUUCAGGGCCAGGGCCAGCGAUAGGUUCAAGUUCAGGUUUAGGGUCAGGGUUAGGGUUGGAGCUAGGGACUGGGGCAGCAAUGGGGUCGCAGACUGGAGUGGCAUCAAGCUUAGGGGCGGGUUUAGACUUUGGGUCGGGGGUUUCCCAACGAAGGCUGUCCCUUCAAGAACCACAGACACCCCUGGACUCACGGACACCACAGAGACACAGCUCCGACCCUGGGGGGAGCUAAGGAGGAGGAGGAGGGGGAGG